AUGAUACCAAAUACAUUCAGAAAAUAUGAGGAUUCGAACGAUCAUCAUAAACUUGAACAAGUUCGUUCGUCUCCAAAAUUCGAAAAUCUUUUUAUUAAUAUUGAAUAUGAUCAAAUAAAAUUAUGUAAUUUUGGUGAUUCAAUAUGUUUAUCAAAUAUGCAAUAUGUUCGUCGUAUGAGUGAAAAUAUUUCUGUUCAUUAUAAAACCGAUGUCUGGUCGGUCGGUGUUACUUUAUGCAUAUUAUUAUCAGGUCUUUCACCACUUCUUGAUGAACAAACAUAUGCAAAUAUCAUAAAUAUUGAUUUUGAUUUUCAUGAAAGUCAAUCUUCUUAUGCAUUUCAAUCAGUAAAAAAACUAAUUCAAACAAUUUUUGUUCGCGAACCAAAUACUAUUUUUCUUGCUAUUAUUACUAAUUAUGUUCAAUCACAAACAGAACUUAUUUUACCACCAUUACCUUAUGAAUAUAAUGCACUUGAACCACUUCUAUCGGCACAUUUAAUGCAAUUACAUCAUGAUAAACAUCAUCAAAAGCUAACAUUGCACUUAAAUCUCUAUUUGUUGAUGAAACAUCUAAUGAUCAAUUAA